AUUGGCAAUUCAAUAUUACUCUAUUUUAUUAUGGGUAUUUAUAAUUUAAAAGUCAAAUAUUCCAGUUUCUUAAAAUAUCUUGGAGUAGAUGAGGCAAUCUAUAUCAAUGCCUAUAUAAAAAACAAGCGUAAGCCAAGUACGAAAUGUAGAACUGAUCAGGAUAAGAUAAGUAAACGACGACGGAUGCAUAAUUCCAGAUGUCUGAUAAGAAAUACGAAGAACCGAAAGCUGCAACUAAUAAGUAUAACCGGCCCUGUAGUAAAUCAAGCAUCACCACAACCUGCAAAGCAUUAUGGCAUCACUUCACCAAUUAGCCUUGCCCCUCCCAAGGAGUCUGACAGAAGUCUUACUCAGAAACUGACUGAGGCUUUGAAGCCUUAUGGGGUAUUUGAAGAGGAACUGGAACUUCAGCGGAGAAUUUUAGUUUUGGGAAAGUUAAACAGUUUGGUUAAAGAGUGGAUCAAAGAAAUCAGUGAAACUAAGAAUUUACCAUCAUCUGUUAUUGAAAAUGUUGGUGGGAAAAUUUUCACAUUUGGCUCCUAUAGAUUAGGAGUUCACACAAAAGGUGCUGAUAUUGAUGCGUUGUGUGUUUCUCCUCGUCACGUGGAUAGAUCAGACUUUUUCACUUCAUUUUAUGAGAAGCUUAAGCAACAGGAUGAAGUCAAAGAUUUAAGGGCUGUAGAAGAAGCAUUUGUUCCUGUAAUAAAACUUUGCUUUGAUGGUAUAGAGAUUGAUAUUUUGUUUGCACGAUUAGCUUUGCAAACAGUCCCAGAAGAUUUGGAUCUUUUAGACGAUGGAUUACUUAAAAAUCUUGAUAUCCGGUGUAUACGAAGUCUUAAUGGUUGUAGAGUUACUGAUGAAAUUCUGCAUUUGGUACCAAAUAUUGAUAACUUUAGACUUACCCUCAGGGCUAUUAAAUUAUGGGCAAAGCGUCACAAUAUCUAUUCCAAUAUUCUCGGCUUUCUUGGUGGUGUUUCCUGGGCUAUGUUAGUUGCAAGAACUUGUCAGCUGUAUCCAAAUGCAGUAGCAUCUACCCUAGUGCAUAAAUUCUUCCUGGUCUUUUCAAAAUGGGAAUGGCCAAAUCCAGUCCUUCUAAAGCAGCCAGAGGAUUGUAACCUCAAUCUUCCAGUUUGGGACCCAAGGGUUAAUCCAAGUGAUAGAUACCACUUGAUGCCUAUCAUUACACCAGCAUAUCCUCAGCAGAACUCAACAUAUAAUGUAUCUGUUUCUACACGUGCAGUUAUGAUUGAAGAGUUUAAACAAGGUCUUGCCAUUACUGAUGAAAUAUUGCAAAAUAAAACGGAAUGGUCCAAACUUUUUGAAGCACCAAACUUUUUUCAGAAGUACAAGCAUUAUAUUGUGUUGCUAGCCAGUGCACCAACAGAGAAGCAACACUUGGAAUGGGUUGGUCUUGUAGAAUCAAAAAUUCGUAUCUUGGUUGGAAACUUGGAAAAGAAUGAAUUCAUCACAUUAGCACAUGUAAAUCCCCAGUCAUUCCCAGGCCCUAAAGAAGGAGGAGACAAGGAAGAAUUCUGCACAAUGUGGGUAAUAGGAAUAGUAUUUAAGAAAAUGGAGAGUAGCGAGAAUCUCAAUGUUGAUCUCACUUAUGAUAUACAGUCUUUCACAGAUACGGUUUACAGGCAAGCAAUAAACAGUAAAAUGUUUGAACAGGAUAUGAAAAUAACUGCAAUGCAUGUCAAGAGAAAACAAUUACAUCAGCUUUUGCCAAAUCUUGUUAUACAAAAAAAGAGAAAGCACUCAACAGAGAGUAUUCGACUGGCAAAUGAAAAUAGCUUGGAUCUAUCUCUGGACAGUGAUAAUAGUAUGUCAGUGCCUUCUCCCACUGCUGUUCUGAAAAGCAUCUCUCAGAUACGCUCCAGUAGUCCGCAGGGGCUUAGUCCUACAACCUCUGCAACUAAUAGUCAGACACAUGACACUCCAUCAAAGACUGACUUGGCAGUUGUUUCAGGGGGUCUGUCUGGUGAAAAUGUUCCUGUAAAAUCUCCUGGUAACUCUGUAUCUCCAAAACCCAAUUUAAUCAGAGUAGUUUCUUCUACACGUGUGAUUAAUCAAACCCCACGACCUGCUGGAAAUGCAGCUGUAAAACCAAGUGUGAAGAGACCCGCAUCUCCUAAUUUAGAGGAAGCACCUAAGAGAUUAAAAGGACCAGAGGAUGCCAGUGAAAAUGUUGCAGUUCCCGAUGGUGAUGGAGUUCUCUCUGAUGUAAAGAUGGCUGUGGACAAAGAGGAUGGUGAAAUAAUUAGUCCUGCUGUAAAUAGUGGUGAAAGUGAAAAAAUAAGUGACGACAGCAUUAAGAGAGCUCCUAGCAAUGAUCUCUCAGAUGUUCCCAUUCUACCUUCAAAUCCCAUUCCAGUUGUGAAAAACUCAAUAAAAUUGAGACUAAGUAGGUAGAAAGACAGCAAAACCCUCAAAGGACCUUGAAUCAUUCACACAUGAAAAUGAAUAAGAUACACUAUGUGUCACAGACUGAGGUGUCUGGUGUAAAUCUAAAAGGACCUUGAAUGAAGCCUCCACCUUUUUGAUCAGGGAUCGAAACUCUUUCUUUCUGUGCACACUUGAUGGCAUCACAUCAAAAUCUGUGAUAGGUGAAGAUGAACAACAAUGAUGUCAAACCUUCACAUUGUACAAGAAAUGCUUAAGUGUGUGUUUUUUAUUGUUUUCCAUUGUUUAUACUAAAAAGUCUACAGGAUUGAAACAAAAAAACAAUUUUUAAGCUAAUAGACUUCAUUUUAAUUUGAAUGAAGCCUGUUUUACGCUGUUGAUAUGCACUGUAAACACAAAGAAUAAAAAGACUUGUAUUUUUCAAAGACCACUAAAUGUACUAAUAAGCAAAUCUAUUGUGAUGUCUUGUUCAGUGCCUUUUCUGUUUUCUGUAGGAUUAUUUUUCUGAAAUUAAAGGCAGGCAAAAGAGUAAAUGUACAAUUUAAUUUGAAUAAAGCAAAGUGGAGUAGCUCAGGUUUUGAAUUGUCCUCACCAAAAAGUUGUAUACUAGAAAUCGUUUUCUCAAAAAAAGAUGUUUGCUUAUUUAAAAUAAAAACAUUUAAUUUCAGGAAGAUAUCCUAUUAGCAUUAGAAAAAUGGGCACAUCCACAAAAUUCAGCAGAAAUUUCUAAAUUAUUCUGUGGUUUCCGUAAUCCAUUAUUUGGCAAAGAUUUCACAUUUUUUCAAUGAAAUGUAUUUUUCGGCCAUUUCCAGGGCAACCUUGGGUUGUCGCCGAAUACUACAAAAGUCCGUAUGAUUAGACCAUCUAGAAGAUGCUUCUUAUUGCUGAUUGACCAACUGACAUUGAAGUAUUUAUUACACAACAUCAAUUAAGGUGCUACAUAUUAGUGCUCUCUGUUUUUUACGUUGAAUGUCCCCCAAGUAAAUUCUGUACACUCAAGUCAUCAAUAGACUAUCAUACCCUUGCCUUGACCUAACCCCCCCCCGACUAUUUUUUCCUUGUGUUGUUCACCCAAGACAAGAUUUUGAAUAAACGUGAAGUAUAACAAUCUGUAAUAAAUUGCUUAUAUUAAUUUUCUUUGUACAUGAUGGUUUCUCUAUAUUUCAAGAAAUAUUUUAAAACCCAUUCAUUUGCAUUCACAUAAACAGGAGUAAAUUAAUCCUGUUGUCAAUAUUUGGAAUGAUAUACUUCAUCCCAGUUUUUUGGUUAUAAGGUUUGAAUGUAUAUGUGUAAUAAAAUGACGGGCUGUUUGAGUGUGUGAACAAUUUAAACAUUUUUUUUUUUAAUAUAAAAGAUUUAAUGCCUGAUCUCAAACAUAGUGCUUCAGAAUUUAUUUUGUAGAAAAAGUUAUAUUGAGAAAGUGAGAGUGUAAGGCAAGCCGUCUGAAUUGACAUUUCAGUAACAGUUGAUUAUGGGGCGCAUACUUUUGAACGGAACAAAUUUAUUUUGCAGCUUUCACAGAUUUUUAGUAAUACGUUUUGGAUGAUAGUUUUACAGUUCUGGGCUCAAAUAAUUAACCUACAGUAAAGUUUUUUGCAUUAGUCCUAAUUAGUAUUUACACAAUAAGUAUGCAAAAGCAUUGUCUUUCUAUCAGCGUUUCAAAAGACCAUUGUAGACCUCGCUGCAAGACGUAAUAAGAGACCAGUUGUUGUACGACACACACAUCUUUCCCAUCCACGUUCUUCAUACAGUUUUCCUAAAAAUAUAUGUAGUAUUAAAUGAUGAGGCAGCCCAAAAAGGGAACAGAAAAAUUAAAAAUGCCGUUCAUUUUGAAGCUAGACCAACACGCACGCACACAUUUUAAUUUAAGGAAUCACUUUAUUUUUUUUAAAUGAGACAGCUUAAUGCGUGUGUAAAGGCAUAUGAAUGUGUAGGGCAGUGCAUGAGUAGCUCAUCUUGUGGAGGUUAGCCCGCAUCGUCCUAUUCCAUGGGGCAGAUCAUCAAGUCUGAGAGUUGGACGGUGAGGAAAUUAAAAAGGAAGUAUUGGGUUUAAUGCCAACUUCAAAGUGAACAGUACAGAGCAUAGUGACAGACUGCCUCUGAAACAAAAGAAUGAGGUGACACACAGGUCUACUCAACUGGGCAAGUAAUUGCCAUAUUGGCAACACUGCUUUGCUAUGCUAGGCUCAGUCUUGGCAGUGGGGUUUGCAGUGAUCUUUUCUGUUUAGUAUCCACCAAGUUUACUGUACCAGAAACCAUGUAUAUUAUUCAUGUCAGUAUAUCAUAACGCACAUUUUUUUUAUUUAAACUUUUGCCAAAACAAUGUUGUUAGCCCUUCUGUUAGCCUGUAGGUUUCAGUGCCGUUUGAUAUUUGUGUUACAUGUUGCCAAGCAUUGUAGUUUUGUCUACCAAGUUCUUAAAAUGAUUCUGCCACUUGCGUAUGUGAGAGUAAUAUAC